AUGGUACAUAAACAUGGAUUUGAAGCUUUGGACAGAUCGUUAAAAGACCUUUUUAGAUCUGUAUCUGGAGCAUCAUCAGAAUUACCAUUUGGUGGGAAAGUUAUAGUUUUUGGAGGAGACUUCCGAAAAAUACUACCUGUGGUGCUAGGAGGAAGCAGACAACAAAUUGUAAAUGCUUCUUUAAGUUCUUCUUAUCUUUGGAGAACUUGCAAGGUCCUAAAAUUGACAAAAAAAUUGCGGUUGAGUACCUCAAAUGAUCCAUCUGAAAUACAGAAAACUACCAUUUUUGCAAACUGGCUUUUGGAUAUAGGGGAAGGUAAUGUUGGUGGUAUGAAUGACGGCGAUGCAAAUUUACAAAUACCCGAAGAUCUUCUCAUCAAACAUUCGUCAGAUCCCAUUUCUGAGUUAAUCGAGUUUGUAUAUCCUUCUCUUAUAUAUCAUUUCAAUGAACAAAAUUACUUCCAUCAAAGAGCAAUUCUUGCUCCAACAAAUGAUGUGGUUCAAGAAAUUAACGACCGGUUGUUGUCAGUUUUUCCGGGAGUUGAGAAGGAAUAUCUAAGUUAA